AUGGUGCUCAUGCACUACAGGGAAGAGGAGAACUUCCUUCCGGUGUUACCACUGCAGCCUUUGGGUCCACAAACGGAGCUCUGGGCUCAGCAAUGCGUCCCAGUAUUACCACACCUGUACCUGCCCUGGGUGCAAUGCAACCCCUGCCUCCCCCACUCCGCCUUCCCCCCCUUUCCCCCCACUCCCCCUCUUCCUGGGUUGCUGGACGAUCCUUUCUUAGCCCACAGACCUACACUUGCCCUCAUCCACUUCCUCCAGUUCUACUGCAAUGGCCUGCGGCACUGCGCAGUAGAGCUGGCCCACUUCUUGAUCUCCCACUCCAUCCUUAUCGCAGCCAUACAGGAAAGCAAGCUCACUGAGGCCUCAAACCCCCCAUCCUUCCCUGGUUACACCCUGGAUGACCGCAUGGCUGCCCGAGGCGCAGCCCUACUCAACCAAAUAGAUUCAAGCCAGUUAGUCCUACUCAAUCAAGACAUCCCCACCAGGCUUCCAUCACAAGGAGCCCCAUCAUCUCCUGACCUCACCCUCAUAAGUCCCCAUCUGGCCCUAGACGCUGUCUGGACCCCACUGGCCCACCUCAACUCUGACCACCUUCCCAUAUCCAUCUCCCUGGACUCCAUGAACUCUCCCAAUAACCAUCCUUUCCACACCUAUAUCAACCUCUGUCGUGCAGAUUUGGACGGUUAUGCUUCUGAAACAGAGGCCGCUUUUAGCACUGCUGCUCCCCCUUCCUCAUGCUCCCAAGGAGAGGUCUUCUUCAGGAGGGUUUGUACUUUGGCGGCCCGCCGACAUAUCCCUCGCAGAUGUAGAAGGGAUUUCAUUUCCAAUCUUCCACCAUCAGCCAUUCCUCUCAUUCAAGAGCGCGACAGGACCCGUGCCUUGAACCCCAACCACCCCAGCCUCCCAGACCUCAACAACAACAUCUCAGCAGCCAUCACCACACACUCCCGCACAACCAAGAUCAAGAAGGUCCAGUCAUCCAACCUGCAGAGAAAUCCAUCUAAAUUUUGGUUGCUCCUACACUCCUCUGGCAGGUCCACCUACAGUACAGAGGCAUCAAGCACCGUAAUCCCCUCUCAAACACACCCCCUGUAUUCACUCCGGAUCAGACCAGACAGGCGAUAUGGAGCUCGGGUACCUCUACUGCCACUGGCCCAGACUCCGUCACUAUCCUCCACCUCCAUCACCUGGGACCCAGAGACAUCCAGUACCUUGCCUAACUUUACAAUCUUCCCCUCGCUAAGGCCGACAUCCCUGCCAUCUGGAGUGCUUCCACUGGUGGACUCCCAGCAUGGCUUCUGCCCUCUCCACUCCACAACAUCUGCCCUGCUUCCACUAACCCAGGCCAUAGCUACAGGCUUCAACCAGCCUCGCCCACCAACCAGGACAAUAGCAAUGGCAAUAUACUUCAGCAAGGCUUUUGACACCGUGUCUCAUGCUCAGCUCAUCUCUCACAUCACCAUCACUCCCCUCCACGCCAAUAUCACCCGCUGGCUGAUCUGCAACAUCAGAGGCCAGUCAGCCAGGUGCUCCUACAACAGCAUCUCUUCUCCACUCCCGGUCCACGCUGGAGUCCCACAGGGAUCCGUCAUCUCGCCCGUUCUCUUCAAUUCCUAUGUUUCAGACUUCUGA